AACCGUGGCUUACGGACGCUGCGGACAGGCAGCGGGAAACAGCUCUUGCUCUUUGCUCUCGUCUCGCAGGCGCGCACACGACUCUCGCUCACUGCAGGCCGAGCGUUGAAUCUGAAGGCUCUCAGCGCCACAAAGUCAUCGGCACAGACCAGCUCCCUGCCAGACCAUGACCGGCAAGCUUUUGUGGCGUCAAUUCAGCGUCCUGUUCUGGAAGAAUUGGAUUGUCCUCUCCAAGCACUCAUGGCUGAACCUUGUACGGUGCUUCAUCCUUCCCAUCGGCUACGGCAUCUUCUUGGCCGUCGCGCAAAUCUUUCUCAGCAGGCCUAACAAUUAUGGCAUCGGCGAGCCCACGCCAAUACGAGACCUCCGCCGCGCUUACUCGGGUUCUACGCCUUUAUGGUGGGCCGACGGGACAAAUGGAACGGCGUCCCCGUCGCCACAGGAUAUAAUGUCGCAUAUCACGCAAGGGCUUACACCUAAACAGUUACGGAACGUCAAGAAGGCGAUGAACAUUGAUGACAUACCUGGACACUGUCCACAGAAUUUCAACGGCUUCAGCGAGUGUUUUGCGGCCAUAGCGUUCAAUCCCGUCGACAACACCAUCACUGAUACAUCGGGGGGACGACCGGCGGCUACCAGCGCUCUUUCCUCGGCACGGCCGACGUCUACCCCUACCACGUCCCAUCACGGCACUUUCAACGAUACCAUCAUAGCCGUUCCUGGCACACGAGUAGCUUAUACCAUCAUGGCCGAUGCCGGACUGUUUCGGAUCGACGUCAAGAAGCAUACCAGUGACUUUGAAAAACGCAUUCUACCUUUGCAAUUAGCGGUCGAUCAGGCGAUUAUAUCAUUAAGCACAGGGGUUAAUAUCCCCAAACCACUCGAAUGGCCUUUCACGCAGGAGACCAACAAGGAACAAUUCACGAAGCUGCGCUUGAGUUACAUCCGGGGUAUUCGUACUCUGCUCGUACUCGCUCUAUUUAUAUGUUAUAUAGGCAUAGCCUACCAACUCCCAGGAGCAUUCAUGGGUGAAAGGGCUAACCUUCUCACCAGUCAUCUCAAGGCGAUGGGUUUGUAUGACUCGGCUCGCAUACUGUCUUGGCAUCUCAGCCACUGCCUGGCUUAUCUUCCGGCGUGGAUUAUUGUCGCACUUGUUUGGCAUUUCCGCAUCUUCACUGGCACACAUGUCCUCCUGGUUCUCGCCGUGCACUUGCUCUUUGGCCUCUCACUCGCCUCUUACUCGCUCUUCCUAGCGACCCCGUUCGGGUCUUCCCCGCAGCUCGCAGCAGUCACGUCCACAUUCCUCUCCAUCGUGCUGGCUAUAAUUGCCCUGAUCAUACGUCGACCGGGCAAUGGGGUUGCAUUUAUCUUCAGUGUCAUAUUCCCACCUGGAUUCUACAUCUUCGCUAUCAAAGCGAUCUGCGGAUGGGAGAACGAGCAGAUCCCGACCAACGCUUCGAAAGGAGAUCCCGACGACGGGCUUCGACUCUUGCCCCUGAUGAUCGCUGCCUUGAUUGAUAUCUUCCUCUGGCCGUGGUUGGCCGUGUUAUUGGAAAGACACUUGUAUGACCCCAAAUCACCGUCAGCCAGGCGUUCUUGGUUCUCUAGGUUAUUCGGCAAACGUGAAGGAAUGAUACCUCAGGACGUCAAUGUGUCUCCUGAUAUAGCGAUCUCAGUACGGAAUCUGCACAAAAAGUAUUUGCCAGGAUGGUUCGGUCGCAAGCAAGCUGUGACUGCAGUCGAGGACCUAUCCUUUGACGUGCCGAAGAACGGUAUUUUCGUAUUGUUAGGGUCUAACGGCGCCGGUAAAUCGACCACGUUGUCCAUUCUGGGCAAUUUAUUGGGCCGUACCUCCGGUUCCGUCACGUUUUCAGGAGGCGUUACCCGUCCGCCGCGCGGAACUCUUGGCAUUGUCCCGCAGAAGAACGUCUUCUUCCCCGAGCUAAGUUGCUUGCAGAAUAUCCGGGUAUGGCAGGCGGUGAAGCACAAUGCAUUGAACGGUGACGACAAGGAAGACAUCGAGCAAUUGUUGAGGGAUUGUGACCUUGGCUUGAAGAUCCAUGCCAAUGCAAGCACUCUAUCCGGAGGACAGAAGCGAAAGUUGCAAUUAGCAGCUGGGCUCGUCGGCGGAUCUAAUGUUGUCCUGGUUGAUGAGUGCACUUCCGGGGUAGACCCGCUGUCGCGUCGGGCGUUAUGGAGAAUAUUGACCUCGGUUCGCCAUAAUCGCACCAUCAUCUUUACUACGCACUUUUUGGAUGAAGCCGACUUGCUUGGCGAUCACAUAGCCAUCCUCGCCGCUCCGGGCAAGCUCGUCGCUCAUGGCACUCCUGUGUCGCUCAAGACUACUCUUGGAGAGGGCUAUAUCCUCCAAGUCACCUUCAACGCAGCAUCUCUGGACGAUAAAGUGGUGCCGAUACCACCCUUGGCUCUUGUCCAGGAUCGCCUACGGACCGUCGCUCCGGACACCUAUUACACCGUACAAUCUCCGUCACAAGCAGCCUUCCAUCUCAAGACGAAGGAUCCCAGAACAGUUGAAGCUAGCUUGCGCAUCCUCAGUGCCGACGCGCAUGAAUUCAGCGUUGUUUCUUACGACGUGCAUGGAACCUCCAUUGAAGAUAUUUUCCUCGGACUCAUAGCCACAAACGACAAGACACUGACACUACCCGAGAAGAAGGUAGACACUGAAAAGAGCCAAACAUCUUCGAUACAGUCACUCCCACCAGACAAUGCUACUACAGUGGCUCUUCAACUCACUACAGGGCGGCCCCGGUCCCCGUACAGCCAAGCGUUCACUAUAUUCCAUAAGCGAGUCAUGAUUGCUCGACGUAGUUGGCUGACGCCAGCCUUGGCUAUACUGGUUGCUAUAUGCGGCGCAUGCAUCCCGAUCUUCUUCAUUAGCAACCGUUCGAAGACUUGUGCGACGACUUUUCACUCAUCCGAGGUCCUCCCGUUGUACUUCCCUAUAUCCCCUCUCACGUUUGUCAACACAAGACGGGGAAGUGAUAUCCUGGUAACCCCUCCGGGUAUCGCUUCCGAUCUCGGCGUUACGGCGGCCACUCUCAACAUUUCGAACAUACAAGAUAACUCCACGUUUGUUAGCGACAUACAACAGAAUUUCCGGAAUUUGAGCUUAGGAGGCGUAUCCAUCAACACGAACUCGUUGGAGUCACUUGUCGCAUGGGAAGCGACAGCACCGGGAUACACUGGUCCUACGAUGCUAAAUCUCGCAAGCAACGUUCUGUACAACCGGGCACUCAACCAAUCGGGCUUUGCACUCACGUCAAGCAUCAUCAACGCAAACUUCCAAUACUUCCCGCCUGUGGAUGCUGGGACGCUCGUGGCAUUAAAAUGGGUGGCUUUCUUUGGUGCAGCAAUGUCUGUAUAUCCGGCCUUUUUCAGUUUGUAUGUGUCCAGGGAGCGGAGAUCUUCAGUCCAGGCGAUGCAGCUCAGCAACGGUCUCAGUGACCCCAUCGGCUUGUGGCUCGGCCACCUUCUAUUUGACUCUAUAUUCUCUGUGUUUGCCGCUAGCAUCAUCAUCGUCGUGUUUGGUACUGCUUCCGAGCAGUUCAGUGGUCUAGGCUUUUUCUGGGUGGUCUUGGUAUUGUACGGCAUAGCUGGGACGCUAUUUGCGUACUGCACCUCCCUCUUCGUGGCGACACCCCUGGCUUCAUUCGCGGUAAUGGCAGGGUAUCAGAUAAUCAUGUUCAUACUUUACCUGGCGGCAUACCUGCUCAUUCUCACGUAUGCAAAAACAUCUAAUGCAGACCGCGAGAUGACAAUAGUUCACUACACUCUAUCGAUGGCAUCUCCUGUGGCGAGCGCGAUGAGAGCUGCCUUCGUCUCUGUGAACCUGUUUUCGCUGUUAUGCUCGGGUUCCGCGCCCGUCACCACAGCGUCCAUGGGCACUAUAGGACGUUACGGUGGUCCUAUCCUCUAUCUCUUUUGCUGGAGUUUCUUUCUCUUCGGAGUUCUGGUAUGGAUGGACUCGGGGUCUGUUCUGUCCAGAAAAGCGACAAGAGAUAUUUCUACAGCUGCGCCCGCUAACACAAUCCCUCGUCCGGACGUUGAGGCAGAGGCAAAGGCUGUAGUUCAUUCUGACGAUGCGCUUCGUGUGCUGAAUGUGAGCAAGUCAUUCGGACCCAACAAGGUCCUUCAUGACGUUACUUUGGGCGUAUCUCGAGGCACGAUUUUUGGUCUUCUUGGACCCAAUGGCGCCGGCAAGACGUCUCUUUUCCGUCAGAUAUGCGGAGACCUGACACCCGACCGUGGCAACAUUCUCAUCGAAAAUACUUCUGUCGUUCGACACCCUCGCAUUGCCCGAUUGAACCUUGGCGUCUGCCCCCAAUUUACCGCUAUAGACCCUCAACUGACUGUACGGGAACAUUUGGCGGUCUACGGAAGAUUGAAGGGUUUGAUGCGAGGGGCAGAACUGCAUCACAACGUCGAGAUCGUAAUGCGUGCAACGACGCUGGACAACUAUGCCGAUCGCUUGGCUAGCACCCUUUCCGGCGGUAAUCAGCGGAAACUGAGUUUGGCCAUCUCUCUGAUGGGUAAUCCGUCUGUCGUGUUGAUUGACGAGUUCUCGUCUGGCAUCGACCCUCGCACCCGGCGAGACAUGUGGAACACACUGAGGGCGGUGGCAACGGGUAAAGCAGUGGUAAUAACGACACAUUCGAUGGAGGAAGCUGCCGCGCUGGCCAACAAAGUGGGGAUCUUGGCUAAGCGUCUACUUGCGGUGGGCACGACCGAUAUCCUUGCUGCACGUUAUGCCAACUAUGAGGUCCACUUCACGUGCCGUACGGGUGAGGAUGUGCGGCGUGCCCAGGAACUCAUGCGGCGCAUACCUGGUUCGCGCAUGGCGGAUGAUGUUGCAACGCGAUUCGAGGUUCCCAUCGACCCCACCGAUCGGCGUGGACUAUCACUCGCAAGCCUAUUUGGGAUACUAGCGGAACACGGAGACUUCGCGGAAUACACAGUGGAGAGACCGAGCCUGGAGAGCGUGUUUCUGAAGGUGAUCAGGGAGGCCAAUGUCGCGGAGGAGGAUAGCACGCCGUCACGGCGCAGGCGAUGGUGGCCUAUACAUCGUUAGGGAUAUCGGCAUCAUGCACUUACAUCG